AUGGAUCGGAACAUAACCAACGCGAUCGACGAAGAAGGUCUGCCCCUGAUUUACGAUAAAGAUUUGAUUGAGGCUUACUGGACCAAAGAGCGGGGGGCAUUGAACAAGCGGUGGGCAUACUUUGUCGGAAAGGCAGUGCCCUUCUUGACGAAACUCACAACCCUUUUUAUUCGCGAUGGAAAAAUUGCCGAGUCAGAAAUUCCAGCCCUGUCGAGACAGGCACGAAUGGAUUUGCAAGAUCUUGGGCCUACCUUCAUCAAAGCAGGCCAGAUGAUGAGUGUAAGGCCGGAUGUUUUACCGCAAGCUACACUGGACGAAUUGACAACUCUUCAGGAUUCAGUCGUGCCUUUCGAUACGGUGACGGCUGUGGCUCAAAUUGAACGCGAGCUGGGGGGACCCUUGGGCUCCUUUUUUACUAGUAUUUCCGAAGAACCCGUGGCUGCUGCCAGUCUCGCACAAGUGUAUUUGGCUACUCUUGCGGAUGGGAGUAACACCAGGGUUGCCAUCAAGGUACAGCGACCGGAUGUACUCAGUACCGUGAGUAAGGAUUUGUACGUGCUCCGACGGGCGGCUGAAGUUUUUCAGGGGCUGAUCGAACGCUUCGCGCCGCAGCAGAAAACGAAUUAUGUGGCUCUAUUGAACGAAUGGGCAAUUGGUUUUUAUACCGAGCUGGACUUUCAAAACGAAGCGGCCAACCAACGCCGAUUGCGAGACAUGCUGAUCGAAAAAAAUAUUACCGACGUGACGGUACCCCUGGUUUACGACGAACUCUGUACGCGUCGUCUUUUGGUCAGUGAAUGGAUGGAUGGUCGAAAACUGUCCGACACUAGCCCGGAACAAAUCGCUGAAGUCACACCGGCUGCUCAGGAAGCCUUUUUGACGCAACUUUUUGAUGUUGGAUUUUUUCAUGCCGACCCGCAUCCCGGAAACUUGCUCUUGUUGGACGAGCCCACCAAAGGAGGCGCCAAGCUUGCCUUGAUUGACUGCGGCCUCAUGGCCAGUAUUGAUCCUGUAGACCGAGACAAUAUGAUUUCGGCUGUCAUUCACUUGGCUAACAAGGAUUAUGCCGCUUUGGUUGAUGACUUCAUUAAGCUGCAAAUUUUGCCGGCUGACUCAAACCGCGCUGCGAUUGUUCCGCUUAUGGACAAGGCUUUGUCGCCCUACGUCAAAGGCGGUGGGGCCAAAAACCAAGUAGGUGGUUUUCAGGCGAUGACUCAGGAUGCUUUGACCGUUUUGAACGACAUUCCAUUCUCAGUUCCUCCUUACUUUGCUAUUUUGGGACGAGCUAUUGUGACUUUGGAAGGUGUUGCUUUGACUGGAAACUCUGACUAUGGAAUCAUCAUGGAGAGCUAUCCGUUCAUUGCGCGUAAAUUGCUUCGCGAGGGCCGUCCCGAGAUUCAGAAGGCUUUGCAAGAAGUGCUCUAU